GAUCUCCAAUUGAUCCACACUACCACCACUACUACUUCAAAUGGAUCAAAUUAGUAAUUAAUCUGCCUCGCUGUUGAACAAACAUUAUUCAAUGGGGAUUACAGGGAUGAUAUAUAUGGUUACAAUGGUAUUUUCAUUAAUUGUAUUAAUAUUGUCUUCGUCCGCGGUGAAAUUCGAUUAUUUUCAAUUUACGCAGCAAUAUCAGCCGGCUGUCUGCAGCUCUAAUCCUACUCCUUGUAAGGAUCCUCCUGACAAGUUGUUUACGGUUCAUGGUUUGUGGCCUUCAAAUGUUAAUGGAAGUGACCCCAAGAAAUGCAAAACUACAAUCUUGAACCCUCAAACGAUAACAAAUCUUACAGCCCAGCUGGAAAUUAUUUGGCCAAACGUACUCAAUCGAAAGGCUCAUGCACGCUUCUGGCGUAAACAGUGGCGUAAACAUGGCACCUGUGGGUACCCCACAAUAGCGGACGACAUGCAUUACUUUAGCACAGUAAUCGAAAUGUACAUAACCAAGAAACAAAAUGUCUCUGAAAUCCUCUCAAAGGCGAAAAUUAAACCGGAGAAGAAAUUCAGGACACGGGACGACAUUGUGAAUGCCAUAAGCCAAAGUAUCGACUAUAAGAAACCAAAACUCAAGUGCAAGAACAAUAAUCAGAUAACUGAAUUGGUUGAGGUCGGUCUUUGCAGCGAUAACAACUUAACGCAGUUCAUAGAUUGCCCCCGCCCAUUUCCACAAGGAUCACCAUUUUUCUGCCCCACCAAUAAUAUUCAGUAUUAAGAGCGCAGCUAGAGUAUUGCAUAUACGAAUGGUGAUUUCCAUAUAUAGGACGAGAGGAAUGCAGUUAUGUGAUUGUAUUUCUAAUGAAUAAAUU